AUGAUAAAUCGACAUCAAUCACAAUUUAUUGGACAAGAUCUUUUAUCAUGUUUUCAUCUUGAUUUACAAACUGCUGACUCACAACGAUCGUAUGGAAAUGCUAAAAAAAAGUAUGAAGAUUGCAUUCAUCAUUACCCAAAAGAUCAUGUAAUGCAUGGAUAUUGUAAUUGUUCCAUGUGUUCUUAUGAUAUACGCACAGUUCAUAAUUUGAUUAACAUUUACAAUCAUCUUAUAUUUGGUUUUGAAACACAUCAUUUAACUGUUGAACGUUUGCCGGAUGAAGUGUCCAAUGUAAAUUACAAUUCUCUUUUAUAUGGCUCUGUUAAAAGAUUACAACAAUCAAUUCCACAAGAAAAUCCUAUUUCAUUUUAUCGUGUCAAUAUUGAGAAAUUAGCCGUAGAAACAAAAGGAUUUAAUCAUGCAUUAUGUCAAUGUCAAUAUCCAUCAGUGAAAGUUGAUCAAUUUUCAUUUGUUGAUUAUACACAUUUAUCACAUGUACAUUUGAGGGGUGUGGGUACAAAUAACGUAUUCACCUAG